AUGGAUUCGUAUCCGCCAUGGGAAGAUUCUGUGCCGGAUGAGGCGGCCGGUUUUCCAAGCGGAAGCGACGCCUCUGCUUCCCCGCCUGCUUCAGUGGCUGGCGUGCAGCAGGAGCCUGCGCCGGUAGAGGAGCCAGACCUCGGGGAGGACGAGCUCCUGUUACGACUGGCGCAGGUCACGCAGUUCCUUGUAAGCUUCCGAGUCACCCGCCCGGAAGUGGUGCGGGCGACGCAGGCACGCCAUGCGCUCCGGCGGUUUGGGCGUGUCUUGCGCGAAGGGCACGGCGGGCCAAAUCUCUACCAGUACAGCGAGGCAAGGCAGCACAUUGCGGAAUUCUGGUCACACUCCUGGCAUGGCAAUGCUUGGUCCAAGGUUUUGCUCCUCCUUGUAAUGUACCAUGGUUUGCCAGCCCUGUUGGCUGGCACCGUGGCUUUUGCAACGGCGCGGGUUUGUAUACAACCGGGGCAAGGACCGCUUCCUCUGGAGAACUCCUUGGCUUGGAGUACGCUGGCCGGCGUUUCUUCGUCCGGCCUCUGCCUCGGGCUUUGGCAGUCUCGCAAACGCGUCUUCGUGGAUCGGAUCUGUAUCCACCAGACAGACUCCAGGCUGAAGAUGGAAGGCAUGUUGAACUUGGCAGCAUUGUUGAAGCGCUCUCAGUCCAUGCUGGUCUGCUGGGAUCCCUCCUACGUGCUCCGCAUGUGGUGUUCGGUAGAGCUGGCCGCCUUCUUGAAAAGUCACCCGGAAGGACCUUUGGUCAUCAGGCCAACCAGCUGGGGAGCAUGUGUUAUUGUGGCGUUUCUCUCCUUGGCUACACUUUUGGUAGGGCCAGAGAUUCUGACCAACAACCUUGUUCGUGAAGAGGGUGCCUGGCGCGACCUCGUAGCUUCCUUUGUCUUCACGGCUUCCGUGAUCGUCUUCAUGUGCUUCACCAGCGCUGUCGCUCGAGCCCAUUUCCGAGCGGCUGCCACUGUUCAAGAUCAGCUGAGGACCUUCUCCUUCGAAAAUGAUACCCUGUGCCACUGUUGCACUGUGCAUCAUGUGGACAAACAUGGUCAGAAGUUGCUGUGCGACAAGCAGACAAUAUCGGGGUGUCUUGAACAUUGGUUUGGCUCCGUCGCUGAUUUCGAUGUGGUCGUUCAAAAACAAGUGUCUGCAUCAUUCGGGAGCAGGGUCAGUCUAAACUGCCUUCUACCCUAUUCUUGGCUCACAGCAACCACCAUUCCCAUGCUGUGGUUUGGAAUUCAUUUGGGGAUUGAUUUUCGGUUCCGCUACUCUGACUCAUGGAUGGCCUUCUACAACUGGUUUUACUGCGUCGGAUGGUGGCUGGGCGUCAUACCACUUCUUGUGGCGCUGUGGUUGCGAGUCAUGCGCCGGUGCAAGCGUCGCCGUGCUGGAGCGUGUCAGGAGGUGAUGCUCAACGUGGCCUGCUCUUGUCUGUUCGGCCUCAUGGUCUUGACGGCUCGCGGGAUUGAGACUUUAGUUGUGACUUCCGUCCCGACAUACGGAGUUCUCGUAUGCACAAUCUUUUCUCUCACAGCCGCUGCCCUCGCCUUAGGUGAUUGCGGCAGGCUCUUUAGUCGCAAGUCUCCUCAAACCGCUUCCUGA